UUUGAGAUUGGUGUUUUUGUGUUUCGUUCAUGGUUAGGUACUGAAGAUUUGUGAGUUUCUGUGCAGUGGGUUUUCAAAGUUUAACUUGUUCAGAAUUUUAAAAGCACGCCGUGUGAAUCGACGUUAACGCGAUGUGUAUGUUAAAUUUGUUCGAGUUGUGUCGAUAUUCGCGUACUAAUUUAAAUUUGUUCGGGUUUUAAUGGCGUGUUUCUCAGUGUUAUAAUGAUUUAUCUCUGAAGUGUUUUAGUUUUCGUGUUUCAACUUCUUCUACAUAUAACGAUGGCGGCGAAUUCGAAUCGAAAUAAAAUGGUGCAACCGAAAAAUAUCUCGUCCAUUCUGGCCAAAUUGCACGGCGCUUUCACCGAGGCCAUCACCGUACCCAAAUUAACGGCUGAUAAGAGAACUUUGGAUAAAACAUGCAAGCUGAUGGACAAAGUAGUGAAAUUAUGUCAACAUCCGAAAAUGAACUUGAAAAAUUCACCACCGUUUAUUCUGGAUAUUUUACCCGAUACUUAUCAACGUUUACGAUUCAUUUGUUCCAAAUACGAGCAUCAAUUACACAUGCUGCAUGAAAACGAACAUUUCAAUUUAUUCAUACUGAAUCUAAUACGAAAAUGUAAACAAGCUAUAAAACUAUUUAAGGAAGGUAAAGAGAAAAUGUACGACGAGAAUUCCCAUUAUCGUCGUAAUUUGACUAAAUUAAGCUUAGUAUUCAGUCAUAUGUUAAGUGAAUUAAAAGCGCUAUUUCCUAAUGGAUUAUUCACCGGAGACCAGUACCGAAUCACCAAAAGCGACGCGGCUGAGUUUUGGAAGAAGAAUUUUGGAAAUAGUACAUUGGUCCCAUGGAAAAUAUUCCGGCAAGUUUUAAACGAAGUGCAUCCAAUCAGUUCAGGUUUAGAAGCGAUGGCCUUGAAAUCAACGAUCGAUCUGACCUGCGACGAUUAUAUAUCAAAUUUUGAAUUCGAUGUGUUUACUAGAUUGUUUCAACCGUGGUCGACGCUGCUAAGGAAUUGGCAGAUUUUAGCUGUAACCCAUCCGGGAUACGUAGCAUUCCUAACGUAUGAUGAAGUUAAAGCUAGACUCCAAAAAUAUAUUAAAAAGCCUGGAAGUUACGUUUUUCGAUUAAGCUGCACAAGACUCGGCCAAUGGGCUAUUGGCUAUGUAACAGCUGAAGGUGAUAUUUUACAAACCAUUCCACAAAAUAAAUCUUUAUGCCAAGCUUUACUAGAUGGAUAUAGAGAAGGAUUUUACCUGUAUCCUGACGGCAGAAAUUCGAAUCCAGAUUUAACGUGGGCUGUGCAAACAACGACUGAAGAUCAUAUUAAAGUUACGCAAGAGCAAUACGAAUUAUAUUGCGAGAUGGGCUCGACUUUUCAAUUAUGUAAAAUAUGCGCCGAAAAUGACAAAGAUAUUAGAUUAGAGCCAUGCGGGCAUUUGUUGUGCGUACCAUGUCUGAAUUCGUGGCAGGAAAGCGGCGAAAUCCACGGUUUAGGAUGUCCGUUCUGUAGAGCAGAGAUAAAAGGAACCGAGCAAAUAGUAGUCGAUCCGUUUGAUCCGCGUAAACAACAUAAGCCGGGCACCGUCGCCGUCGAUAUCGACGAUGAAUUCGAUGACGAGGAAUUGAUAUCCGGAUUAAGCAAUUCAUUAAGCGCUUUAUCUCUUUCACCUAGAUCUGAGCUCGGUUUCCAAGAGAGCAGAAGUCCUAGGAUAUCGCCCAGCACAUCUCCGCAUUUUUUUCGCCGCAAGAAUCCUCCAGUAGCUCAAAGGAAUAACGUUCGAAAUCAAUUAACAGUUCCAUUAGAAGACGCUCCGCCGAUUCCAUUGAGUGAAGAUGCGGUGUCGAGGAUAUCGCAUGAUCAGAAAUGCGCCGAUGAGCAAAGUACUUUAGAUCGACAUCAAUCGUGCCCGUCUGUCCAUUCCCCUUUUAUUAAUUCUUUAUCUAAAGCUCACACUUUACCGCAACUUUCGCCUCCGGCGCAACCCACCAAUGAUAUUAUUCCGCCGUCUUACGAUCAAUUGAGAUUUACGACUGAUUACGAAAAUGCUUCUAUUAUUCCAGAAUGCGUCGAAACCAGAGUAAUAUCAGCUAAACGUAAUCCGUACAUUUCAAAUGCAAAACAAAAUCUAGUCAGAUCAUCGUUGCAAGAUUCUAGGUUACGCAGCGGAAAUUAUAAUCAAAACUUCGGAUACAAUUGAAGAAGACUAAUUUAAACACAAUAACAACUAAUAAAUAAAUACUAUGUACUUUGUAAAAUAAUUUUGUUUUCCUAUUUAUUUUCUUCUUUUUGUGUUUGAAAAAAAAAUUGUUGAUUAUUUUAUAAAUCGUUGUUAUUCUUCUUUUUUUUAACGGAUAUUUUUUUUCGUGCGAAUCCGUUCGUAGAAUGUAAUAUUUCUUUUUUUAGAUUCUUCUUUUCAGUAUUUCGCUUUUAUUUAUUAUGUGAGAUUUAAUAAAGUAUGUACCAGAAUGGAAAUGAUGACACUUUCAAUAAUAUUAAGAAAAGAAUUUGAAAAUUUAUUGUUUGUUCGUGGCAAAACCAUAUUCUUUGUGAAUGAAAAGUACAAGAUCGAAUAGUUUCACUUUUUGUACAAUAAUUUACGAUACAAUCAUUCUUUUUUAAUACGGAAUUCUUCGAUCUUUCUUGAAUCAUGUUUUGUAAUUAUGUGUCAAUAUGUCAUCUUCAACGAGAUCCUUCUUCGGCGAAGCUGUAAAUCAUAAUACGCGUUUGUUAUUAAUUUAUUAAUAAUAUUAAGAUACAUAUUAUUUCGAAGAGAAAAAUACUACAUAAAAUAUUCGUAAAGUAGUUUGUUUUGCCACAACGACGACGUAAUCAGCUUCGCACAAGUGCGAAUUUUUUUUCCUAGUUGAUAAAUCUUAUUUAUAAUUAUUUUAAUUUUUUCUCGAUAUUCAAAGGUGUAUAUUGUUUACUUUAAAAUUGGUUACCAUCUUUUAAAAUAAACAUAUCACGUAUUUUUGUAAA